AGGUGACAGAUAUGCAUGGUACAAAAGACAAACUAUAUCUAUGUGACAGCUAUUAAUAAUGAUCCGAAUAGUGAUGCUAACGACAUCACAUCCGAUCCGAGUGAUACAGUUCCGAAUAGUGAUGCCAGCAAAUCAGACAAUUGUGACAAGCCUAAGAUGAGAUAUCAUAUUAAAUCUAAAAGUGAGGCGAAGUCAAAAGAAUAUGAAAAACUUCAAGCUGAAUAUGCCAAAUCUUUGCUGGCAGCCAUAGAUUAUACGAAAAUGUCUGGCUCUGAAUUUUACGAAGGCCCCGGAAGAUCGAAGUUUCUUGAAUAUGAGUUUAAAUUUGAGAUGAUUUACAAAAUUUUGGCACCAAAAUAAUAUUUUGCUCAGUAGAAAAUAACUCGGGUGGACAACAAG